GAGCACAUAGCAGAGAUCGUGCCCACAACCCACAAAGGAUCCAAUGGUGUGGGAAUGAAUAGUGUGAUCCCAAAUGAGCCAGUGUUGGUGGAAGUGUCAGAUGGCACAAAUCAAGUGAUUGGGAUCAGUAAACCAAAUGUGGAAUUAUGUUAUGACGGUCAGGUGUCAGGACAGUUGCUGGAAGAGGUUCAUGUGCCAGUGGAGCUGGUGGAUAGCAGCAUUGCCAUGGGAGACAACCACUCCACGCUGUGCACUUGGUCUCCAGACACUGCCCUGCCAAACAUUGAAAUUAAUUCUGACAAAGGUGUGGAUGUUUCUGACCAUGAGGAAAAAUGCAAGGCCCUUGUAAAUGUUGAUAUUUAUGAUGAUGAGGAAAAGUGCGAGGCACUGGUAAUGUCAAUCAUAAUGAUGUGGUAGACACAGCUGAGCUAAAAGCUGCAGUAGAAUUAGGCCCCCUACAGUUUCAGGAGGG